AGCUAGUGCUGCAGAUCCUGCCCGGGUAGCCAGUAGGACUCCAUCAGUCAGGUUCUCAAUCCCACCCACCUCUCCGCACCGCAGCAAUCGAAGCCCAGGCAGUGCAGAGGCAGGGGAUGAAGCGCAUAGUGGGGAGCCCGGGGACAUGGAGCGGCAUGGCGCUCCGGGUGUCGCAGUGCGUCUUCGCCGCCGGAUCCGUCUUCGCCAUGUUCUCUGCUUAUGGCUUCUCCAACUACAGCGCCUACUUCUACCUGAACUUUGCUUCGGUGCUGCAGUUUCUGUGGAGUUUGCCCCUUGCUUGUCUGGAUAUCUUUUCUCUCAGGAAUCAAAAGGAUCUUCACGCACCGGCUCGUCUAUUGCUCAUUGUUAUCGUCGACUGGGCCGUGGCGGUUCUCAUGUUCUCAGGAGUUUGUGCCGCCGCCUGCCUGACGAUUUUCUUCAUGAAAGAUGUGAACUUCUGUGAGGGGUUCUCGUGGCUGGCCUGCAAUCAGUUCGCGCUUUCGGUCACUCUGGCAUUCAUCACGUGGUCGCUGCAAGCUGCGUCUUCUUUCUCCGGGUUCUGGCUACUGGUCUCGUUCUUCUAGUGAUCUCACUAGCUAGGUGCUUUGAAUCACCGUCGCGCCAUGCUAAUUGCCAACUAGUGAUUGCAAAAAAAAUUAAAAGUGCAAAUUGCCUGUCAGGAGGGUAAAUCAGUUCAGUUGCAAUGUGCUCGGGACACUUGUUAGUGUUAGAUUUGAGUUACCGGCGUCCUUCAUUACUUAUUGAUAGACUGCAUGUCUGAUAGCUUGUCUUCAGUUUGGUGGAAUAGUUACUGUUUAGGUGAUGUGGAAUCACUAAUAUGGGGUACCUAUUAGUGCUCCAAGUGUCUAUUAUCUUAACUUUUUUUACGGAUUGCUGUUUUCCUUUUGAUGGAGUAGAGUACCUGUAGCAGGUAUACACAGAGGGGAAAGC